GAGUCUGAAACUAGGGAACUUAAUUAAUCACAGUUGUUGUUUCCUCAGCAGCCAUUGCCAAAGAAGUUCUUCAAAAAAAUGACCUUAUCUUCUCUAACCAAAUCGCCAUUGAUGCCAUCCGAGCUCACCAGCACCAUGAAGUGGGUCUGCCUUGGAUACCCGUUUCUCCGCUGUGGAGAAACCUUCGCAAAAUAUGCAAUUUACAUAUCUUGGCCAGUCAGAAACUGGAUGCCAAUGAGCAUCUACGGUGCAGGAAAAUUGAACAACUCCUUGCCAUGGUUCAAGAAAGUUGCCAUCUCGGGGAAGCAAAAGAUUGACCCGCAAGGCAUUAGACGCAGGAUGACUAUUCUUUCUGCAAAGUUGCUUAAGGUUUUCGAUCAAAUGUAUGACGUGCGAGUGCAGCAGAGGAAAGGGAAGGGUUUUGUCACCACAAGUGAUGUCUUGGACACUCAUAACAUCAUUGAAGACAAAACAGUGGAGCUUAACAGGAGGGAGACAAUACAUUUUUUUUUUUGCCAGAGCAGAGUUAGAAGAAACGAUCGGGAGGGGAAAGCAGGUACAGGAAUCAGACAUUGUUCGCUUGCCGUACUUGGAAGCUGUCAUCAAAGAAACCCCCGGAUGCACCCACCAGUGCCUCUGCUGCUCCCACGCAGAGCUGGAGCUGAUGCAGAAAUCCGUGGGUUUACAUUGCCAGAGGGUGCGCAAGUGCUGGUCAACGCAUGGGCUAUAGGCAGGGACCCCAGCAUUUGGGAGAUGCCACACUGUUUUAUACCGGAGAGGUUCUUGGGUUCGGAAAUCGAUGUAAAAGGCAGAGACUUUGAGCUCAUUCCAUUCGGUGGAGGACGGCGGAUUUGUCCCGGACUGUCUCUUGUAUUAAGAAUGUUGCAUUUGAUGUUGGGUUCUCUUAUAAACUGCUUUGACUGGAAGCUUGAAGGUGGAGUUAAGCCGGAGACCAUGAACGUGGAAGAGAAAUUUGGGAUUGCAUUAGAGAAAGCCAAACCCUUGCGGGCUAUAGCUAUACCCGUUCCUGUGUGAUAGUCAUAACAUUUCCUACCUAAAUUUAGGGGUGGGCAGAAACCGGUUUCGCGUUAAACCAAAAUUGAUUUCAAAUUAACCAAAACUUUUUUCCUCAAUUUUAAGAAUUGAAAUCGAACCAAACUUCUCUGUUUUUGGUUUGGUUACUAAUAAAAUUGGUUAUUUCAU